AUGUCUGCAACCUCCCACUUCACCAGUCGAUACAAAAAAGAUUUGAGUACAGAAGCCCUCAGAACAAAAGUUGCCCGCAGAAAGUCGAUGCUUCAGAAGGAGAACAGGCACAAGUUGUUUGAAAAGGGCAGACAGCUUGGAUUGGGAGAUGCCAGUGUUCAGCUCUCAAAAGACGGGGCGAUGUCCCAACUGAAUGAGACAAGCGAAAUGUGCUCUCAAGAGAACAGCAGUGUAAAACAGAAACCAUCUACAAAUGCAGCCACCAAGAGGGUUAAUGAACGCAAGGAAAUGCUCCAGCGCUAUAAAGAAGAAAAGGAACUUCGAAAACUGAAAGAGCAGAGAGAGAAGGCAAAAAAGGGUGUUUUUAAAGUUGGGUUAUAUCGACCAACUGUGCCUGGAUUUCUGUCACUUAUACCUGAAGAUCCAGUGAUAGUGAAGCCAAGAGAGAAGGCAGCUCCUGCUUUCUCGGGGAGGAUUACUCGAUCAAAGGCCAAGAGCCAAGAAGAAAAAACUGUGAUACCAACGGCAUCGAAGCACUCUACGAUCUGUGCCAACAGACAAGGUGUGUGCCCAGCGCCAGCAGGUCGUAAACAGAUGAGCACAGACAAAGUGGCUGCAAAAGACAAAGUCUUGCAGACUGCAGUCCAGACAACCUCGAAUGUGAGAAUCACCAGAGCAGCCUCCUCUGCAGCCAGACAGAUGCUGAAAACAACAUCUACUGCUGGUAACCAGUCACAGAGAAAGACAGCAAAUGCAGGGAAGCAGAAGAAAGAGGUCAAACCUGACAUCAUGGAGGUAAUUCCUUCUCUACAUGAAACGGGUAAAAAUGCUCAACUGGACCCAGUGAUGAAAGAUUCUGCACCUGAUUCUAAACAUUCAGUGUCAGUAGAACUUCGACAGGGACAGACUUCAGCGGAAAAGAAAAAUGCUUCUCCACCGGGGAGACCCAGAACACGCUCUUUUGCACCUCAAAACUUUGUGUUUCAGCCAUUAAAUGGAUUAGCGACUUACAAAGUCACACCCAUGAGUCCUUCUAGGGCAAACACGUUUUUGACACCUGGUGCCUUCUGGGAUUUUUCAAACUCGCCAGUUAAUAUAUUUAAAACUUCCAACGAAACGAAGGCACAAGAACCAAAUGUGAAAAGUCGAGUUUCAUCUGCUGGUAAAGGUAUUGGAGAACAGCAAAUCUGUACGAGUUUGAAAGGAGAAAAAGCAAGUGAAGCAGAUGAGAAAACUUCCAUCCGGAGCUCAAAUGAAACCAUUCCAAUCUCUACAGAUGUAACAGCGCUUGAAACGAGGUCAGAUGAUACAAGAGAGCAAGAGCGUGACGUGCCCUAUUUCAGAAAUAUUCUUCGCUCUGAGACGGAGAAGCUGAUGUCUCAGUGCCACCAGUGGGAUGGAAAGUUUGAGCUGGACAUUCCAGACGAUGCUAAAGAUCUUAUUCGCACCACAAUUGGUCAGACAAGACUGCUCAUAGCAGAAAGGUUUAAACAGUUUGAAGGACUGGUGGAUAACUGUGAAUUCAAACGCGGUGAGAAAGAAACAACGUGUUCAGACUUAGAUGGGUUUUGGGACAUGGUUAAUUUUCAGAUAGAAGACGUGAAUAAAAAAUUUGAUAAUCUGAAGAAGCUCCAAGACAACAACUGGCAACCAGUUGAUGUUCCAAGCAAAGCAGUUAUCAAGAAAAAGGCUAUUCCAAAUGGCGCAUCUAAACCAAAACUGGGAGCAGCUGGAAGAACUGCUGCCCGAAACCAGCUUGCUGCUAUAAAAGCAGCCAUGAGGGAAAAAAUGAAGAAUGCUGGAUCUGCUGGUUGUACACAUCAGGGGAAGCUACCAGAAGUAGAAACAGUGGUUUUUGAAGCAGGAUUUUUUAGAAUCGAAAGCCCUGUGAAAACUUUUCCAGGCUUGCUGUCACAGACACCUCGCAGAUCUUCCCAGCGGACUUUGGAAAAGCUGGCGACUCCAAGAUCAUCCAGUAGAGCUUUGCUUCAGAGCUUUCCUUCGCGUCCUCGCAAUCCUGAGGAUGCACCUGCGAAACAAACACCACCAGUGCUCGAAGGCUCCCACUCAGCAGAGAAUUUGAAAAUGCACCAAGUUCUCACUGGAAGAACUCCCCCGCUGGAAAAACUCCCUGGUGGCUUCCGGGACCAAAGCAUUUCCAAAGUGGCAGAGGAACACUGUCCUGUUGCUGGCACAGCAGAGGGAACCAAGGUGCUGGAAAACUCGAGCAGUGAGUUAAAAGUAACGGAUGGCAUGGAAGAGGUGGAACUGUCUGCUGCAGAGCAAGGACAAGACGUUGUCAUGCGCAGUCCGGAGAAGGAGACCUGCACAGAGAGAACCAAAUCUGGAGAACCAAAACCCCAUCCAACGGAUAUGUCAUGUAGUGAUUUGACACCCAUCGGCAGAAAUCCUUUUGAUAUCCUGGGGCUGGAUGCUGAGCUUCCCAUCACUCCAGUCAAGAGUCAAGCCCAGAAGUUGGCAGCAGCUGAAGCCUUCAGUGACCUUAUUGUGUUUUCUCCCUUUUCUCCCUCGGGGGAAAAAUGA